GAUAUAUUACAUAAGGGAUAAUUCAAACCUACAUUCAACUUAAAAGUGGAUUAAAUAUGAUUUAUACAUUUUAUUAUGUUCAGUACACACUAUAAAGUUUAUUUUGGUUCUUACCAAGCAACUUGAUUGAUAUAUUAUAGACUACAACAGUAAAAAAGUGAUGAACUCACAUAACUGGUCUAGUUUUGACCAAACAUUUACGUUUACUGAACAUUCAAAAAAUUCCUCAUUCAAUGUUACAAAUGAUAACUUAAACCCAAUAACUUUUUUUCAAAACAACCAUGAAAUUCAUACAGAUUCAUUUCAUUCAAACUCAGCAAACUUUAUGCAUGAAGAAUCGAAGCAACAGGAUAAUUCAUUUAUUUCAACUAAGAAUGUUCAACGUUCUUAUGUAACGAAAAAACACCAGAAAUGCACUACAUCUGACAAUGUUAGUUCUCAAUGUUUUAUUGAACCCUCAUUAGUUGUCCCAACUGGUAUAAGACGUCGUGGUCCUAAAAAGAAGCCAGAUUCACAAGAACGUGUUGUCAGAAUGAAAAUGAGACGAGCUAGAGCUAAUGCACGUGAACGUAGCCGAAUGCAUGGAUUAAAUUCAGCAUUAGAUGCCUUAAGACAACAUAUACCAUCUGCUUUAAUCGGUGGAUAUAUUUCCUUUGAUCUUGAUAAAAAAGAUGACACAACUAUUUGUACUACUUAUACCAAUCAAAAACAAAAUGAAAAUAAUAAAUUAUUCUCGAAAAAUUAUCAAACCAACAAUUCAAUAAAUCAAAUAAACAACAAUAAUAAUGUGAAUAAUUUUCAUCAAUUUGGUCAAAAAUUAAGUAAAAUUGAAACGCUUCGUUUAGCUUGUAAUUACAUUGGUCUUUUAGCUUCAAUAUUAAAUGAUAUACACUUUGAAUCAAUAACCGAUAUUAUAAAAUAUUUAUGUCAUGGUUUGUCACAAAUAACAACCAAUCAGAUUGCAGCUGCUUUACAAAGUGAUCCUUCUAGAUUAAUGAAGCAUCAUGUAUCUGAUAAUAAUGAAAAUAAAUUAUUAUAUGAUAAUUCUUCCAAAUUAUCAUCAUCCACUUCAUCAUCACCAAUUGAUGAUGAUAAUGAUGAUGUUAAUUAUACAAAAAAAAUUCAACAAAAUGUUAUAAGGUCAAAUUUAUUGACUGAUGAACAAUUAAUGAACCAUUUAGAUUAUUAUUAUUAUUAUUCAAAUAAUGUUUCAUUGACCAUACCAACUAAUCAGUCUACAUCAAUUUCAAAUGUUGAUCAAUCUCUAGAAGAUUGUUCAUCAAAUUGUAUAGAAUUAUUAAAAUCACAAAAUGAUUUAUUCAAUAAUAAAUUGUAUGAAUAUGAAAAUGUUGUAUAUGAUUGUGAACAAUAUGAAAUGAAUGAAUAUAAUUUAACAAUUCCUUAUUUACCUAUUAAUUAUAAUGAAAAUAUUGAUAAUAAUCAGUUAAAUGAAUCAAUGAAUCAUGAACAUUGGAUAAACAAAACAAAAUUACAAUUAUUUAAUAAUGAAGAAAUAAAUGUUAUUACUCCAUUAGAAAUUAAUAAUUCAAUUCAUAUUUCAAUGGAUUCAAAGGAACCAAUUUUAAAUUCAAAUCCUGAUCUAAAAUCUUAUUCAUAUCAUUGCCAUUAUCAUCAUUUAAAUGAUCAUUAUUAUGAUUCAUAUUGAGUAAUGAAUAUUACUACUUGUUAUUACGAUCAGUAAUUAUGAAAAAAAAGUUUUUUUCAUUAUUAUAAAGUAAUAUCGAAUUUGAUAAAUAUUAGUGAUAUUACUAAUAAUAGUUGAACUCAUCAUAAAUAACAUAAUAUAAUCCAUAAUGAUAAUCAAUACAUUUCAAUUAUAUAAUGUCACACCAUCAAUUUGUACUUUUCACAUUUUACUUAUUAUGUAAUCUUUUCCAUUGUUAUCAUUGACUUAUAAACUACCUUGAUUGGUUUAAUAAUUUCGUAUAUGGAUAUAAAUAUUACUGUAUAUUAGAGUAAAGCCUGAUGAGGAUCUAAUCGAAAACAAUAUUGUUCGCUUAUAUAUGUUGUUCUAAAUUAUAUAAUGAUUAAUUUAAACAAAUCAUUUCAUUCCUUCAAUUGAAAAACAUCAAUAUUAAUAUGAAUGAUUGUUUUCAUUAUUUGUAUUUGUUUCUUUUAAUUUUAUCAUUGAGUUAUUACCUUGUAUCAUUAAUUAUAAUUAUGAUUAAUAAUGAAGUAAUCAGUUAUUAUG